AUGAGUUCAGCCAACAAAAUUGAGGGAGUGAUCCAGGCUGGUAAUUUGUACCGCAAACGCACUGGAUUAUUUGCCAAGAUUACGGGUGGAAAGCAGCUGGUGUAUGUCGAGGCCAAUGACAAGCUCAAGAACGUGACAGUGUUCGAGUCCGAGACUAACAAGACCACGCCUCUUGCUUCCGUCGAUCUUUCAUCCGGUGCCGCCGUCGAGUUUGAUACGUCCAUGCAAUAUGGUAUUAAACUGGCUAAUGCUAAGGCCACGGAGAUUCUUGCUGCAGAAAGCAAGGAGAAACAGGAAGAGUGGCUCAACUCGUUCAUUAAUGCUGGCGCACAGUACCGAGAGGCGUUUAACGUGGAGGAUAUGGCCAAGAUCAAGUCGUUUUACGACUUGAAGGACUUUGAUAUGGAUGGCAAGGAGGUGUCGAUGGCCAAGUACAAGGGCAAGGUUGUUUUGGCCGUCAAUGUGUCGAGCAAAUGCGGUCUAACGCCCACAAACUACCCAGAGCUGCAGCAGCUGUAUGGAAAGUACAGGGACGAGGGUCUGGAGGUACUGGCAUUUCCAUGCAACCAGUUUGCUGGUCAGGAGCCUGGUACGCAUGAAGAGAUCAUGGAGUUUGUGAAGCAGUACAAUGUGACGUUUCCAUUUUUCGAGAAGCAUGACGUGAACGGCGCAACGGCUCGCCCAGUGUUUACGUAUUUGAAGACAAAAUUACCGGGUUCAUUUGGUGACUUUGUGAAGUGGAACUUUACCAAGUUCUUGGUAGACCGCAAUGGUCAGCCGUUUAAGCGUUAUGCACCAAAGGACACUCCAUUGUCAUUCGAGGAGGACAUCAAGACGCUGUUGGCGCAAAAAGCCUCGGAAAAGUGA